GUGGGUCUGUAAUUAAACCUGGGAACAAAUCUGAAUCGAGCGACAAGUUGUCGCAAAAUGGCUUCCAAGUGCAAGUUCCAGCCGAAUGCAGUGCAAAACACGUAACUUCUCCCAGCAAUUACGAUUGCCAGCUAAAUUUGUGUUGUUGCUUGCUGCUCAUUCACCAGAUGUCUGGAUUCUGGAGGUUUCUUAUUCCUGUUUGUCUUCUGUUACUUGUAAAUCACAGUACCGAGUUUGAUGCAUCCAAAAUUCGUCCUCAGAGCAGUCAUCUUGGCUGUCUUGGUUGCCUUGGCAACUUGUCAAGAAUGUAGCCAUGAAGACAAAGAAGGUUACAUCAUCGAUGUCCACACCUCAGAGAAGAACGGUGCUGUUUUUAUGUCUGAUGCCAAAACGUUGACUAAAGAAAGCUGCCAAAAUGCUUGCUGCAACUUAGAAGAAGACACACUAGAUGACGGAAGCCUAGCCAGAUGCAAUUUAGCAGUCUUCCACAGCAGCAAUGAGAUACAGAGUAAAUCCAAAAACUGUUUCCUGGUCUUCUGUCCGUCCAAAAACUCCUGCCAUCUGACCAGGGUGAAAGGUUUCACUUCCAGCUAUGUGACACACACACUGGUCCCAGAGACAACUGACCCAGAAGAAACCACAGAGGCAUCCACGCUUCUUCCCGAGAUCAAUUCAACCCUGCCUUUGAGUACAAGAGAGCCAACUCCAAGUCCCGAUGAAGCGUCUUCCGAGUCAACUUCAUCCAUUUCAACCAACAGCUCUAAAGAUCUGGUUCCAUCAUCCCCCAUGGAUUUCCUUGGGGAAAAUUCUGCACUCAACCAGACCAAUCUUUCAGCUGCUGACCAGCAAGACUCCGAGGAUGAAGACGAUUCAUCAACGAAAAGCAUCAUUGCCUCAAAUGGAGCCUUAAUAGCUGCGUUGUGCUUCGGAGUCAUCUUUCUUCUUGCUGUCGUGGUCCUGCUCGGUAAGCACUGGUAUGAGGCAUACCAACGCAGGCACUACUCCAAGGUGGACUAUCUCAUUAAUGGAAUGUACAACUAGACUGGUUACCAGUUAACAGAAGAGUCAGAGGUGAUCUUUCUAGGUUUGUGGCAGUUAUCACAGGGCGUGAAUAUUUUUGUCCAGCAAUUGAAAAGAUUCAUGGCCUUCCUUUUUGUCGAAAUUCCAAUGUCAAGACUGUGGCCUUCAUGUCUGUUUUCCUCAAAUUUUACAACCACAAAGUCAACACCUGCAUUUAUUCAUGUUUAAAGCAGAUAAACAGUUAUCAGGUUUUUGACAGACACAGAAUCAACUCAAACCUUAGUAAUGUUGACAACUUACAUGUGCACGUAUACUGAGGCCAUGGUUUCUUUCCACACAUGCCCUCAUAGUCAUGUGAAGUAUGCCGUGACUUUUUCUGAAAUUCUGAAAUGCGUUUCACAGUUGUCUAUUCUUUAAAGGCAUCUACAGUUGAGUUUCUUAUCACUGUGUCCGUAUUUCUUGAUGGAGAAUUCGGAACUUUAAUGCGUAUUUUAGUCGUCUGAUGCAAAGCUUACUUGCCUUUUAGUGUAUCAAGCAAGAUUUACUUAACAUUAAAAAUGAAGGCGACUUAAGCUUGUGUAUUAAGUUGUAGGCAAACCAUUUGGUGGACAUCCAUUUGUAUAGUGUAUUCAAUGCAAGGUUUAGUUGCAUGUACAUGUUGGCUCUUUAUAGUCUGUACAUUUUAUAGAAGCGUGACCUACAUGUACGGUGUUUGGUGUUUUGGUAGUUACUCGAUUAGUUCUUCUUGAAUUUUGUUUUGCUACUUAUUUUUUCAUUCCUUUUCAGUUUCAUUAUUUUCAUAUUACUUUCUAUAUUCAAGUAGUGAUUAUGGCAGGAAGAUGAUCUCAAGUUUUUAAAAUCUAUUUAAUUUCAGCAUCGUGCGAUGCUAGUGUAUGGUCACAAAUUUAUUUUGAUCUAUGUAAAAAAUAUUUAUUGAUUCCAACAAGUGCAAUUCUGAUAUAAGGAAUGAACUCUCAGCAAUCUGAAUGUAUUCUUAUCACAGAGAUUGGUAGCAUUAAUGACAGUUAUAAGCUGGCUGUUAGUUCGGUUUCACCUUGCUUUGUGCUAGUGUUUUUACUGUGGUGUGUGUAGGGUACUUCAAGUAUGAAUUUCCUCUCGUUAGAUACUGUCAAAUUUGCAGGUGAAUAACAUUUCAAUGAUCAGAUUCAAGGGAAGUGGUGGUUUCAACUCUCAAGUAAACUAACCUCAUUAGCCUCAUUAACAUGUGUACUGGAUUUGUAUACAUUGGCAGUAAAAAACAAGUUCCAAGUA